AUGGAGGGGGAGCCACCUGGACACCAUCAGUCUGGGAGAAAGGUAAACAUCUCCGACAUUCCUCCCAGAGCACUGGCCCACAGAGGCUCUUUCUCCCAGUGUCGUCACGUCAAACCGACGAGUGAGGAAGGACAGGAACAGGCAGCAGCUCACAGAAACAUGAGGCGGAAGCAGGGGGGGUUUUCCUCCAUGUUCCGUAGGUGGCUGUGUCCCAGGGGGCGAGGUUUUGGGGGCCGUGACACGUCUGGGCCUCCCCCGGGCUUCGGCCUCUGGCUCGGGGCUGGGGGUCCGUCUGUGGAUAGAGGGAGCAUGUCUUCCUUGAGUUACGAGUGA